CCGUAUUUUUUUUUUUUUUUUUAAGAAAAGGUCCUUUCCGCAUCGAGGACGGAAGAGUUUUUGAGCAUCACUUGAAGUAUCAUGAUCGGAAACACGUCUCCACGCCCAAGCAUGGUCCUCUUCAUCGAAGAGGGGGAGAAAGGGAGGGAACGAAUGGUUCACGAAACGUACAGCGUCUUCGUGACGGGCGAGACCCAUCUCUCGAAAACGUUGUUCACCGGGUGGUAAAAGUACUGACACGACGUGUCCUCCUUGUGUAUAUAUAGGGGUGCCUGCCAAUAAGGUACUGCAGUUCUUUGUAGAACGUCUGCAAGACGACAUCAUAGUGGAUAUCCGUCUUUUUGACGUUUCUUUGGUGGAAACAUUCAACCGCUCAAUCAUUGCAAUCGAUUACAAGAAAAAAAGUGAUUGUAGCGUAAAAAGAAGAAAAAUGAUAACAUUCGUACUUCUUGCUGUUUUGAUGACGUUGUCCUCUGCCCAAUUUCAACCACAACCCAACGGUCGAAUUCUAGAAUCACCGAAUCCAGCACUUUGCGCGCAGAGAAGCAUUCAUCGACGAUUCAAUGGAAAAGGCUAUUACUUCUCAUGGGCUGAUCAGAGGACAGCUGGACAGGAGGUAGAUUGGCUGUCAGGUAGAAACUUCUGCCGACAACGUUGUAUGGACCUGGUUUCGUUGGAAACUUCCGCCGAGAACGAGUUCAUCAAGAGCCACAUCAUUCAAGACAAGGUAAAGUAUAUCUGGACCUCCGGUCGCCUAUGUGAUUUCAAUGGUUGUAACCGAGAAGAUCUACAGCCCCUUCGCAUCAACGGCUGGUUCUGGACCGCCGAGUUGCAGAAGCUUGCACCAACUAACGAACGUAGCCAAAACGACUGGUCUGAGAGUGGCGGCAUCCGCAAACCGCAACCUGAUAAUCGUGAGGCUAUUCAGGGCGGCGCUCCUGAAAAUUGCCUUGCAAUUCUCAAUCAAUUCUACAACGAUGGAGUGAACUGGCACGACGUGGCAUGUCAUCACAAGAAACCAUGGGUCUGCGAGGAUAACGAGUCUCUUCUGAGAUAUGUUCGCUUCAUCAAUCCUAAUAUUCGUGUAUAAUGGACAAAAAAACUGAGCAAUGAUAACUUUAUAUUGGUUUGAGUAGGUUUAAGCAUACCUAUAAAAUUACAACGUUUAAAAGCACAUCUAUGCGACACGCUAGUGAAGCGACUGAAUAGUAUAUAGAAUAUCUUAUUUAUUGUAUUUAAUACUUCCAUACUCUCAUUUGCCCAAAAAGUAUGAAUUAUUUAAUGGAAAUUUUAUGAAUGUUAACUUCAGAAAAUAUCACUAUUUAUAUUCCUAGAUAUAAUCAUAGAUACACAUGGAAAAUUAUAUUUAAUAGAGAGACUGCAGUCCAAGAUUUAUAG